AUGAGCAUGACAUUGAGUACACUAGAGAAAGGAAAAUUUAUGGCACGACCUCAGCCUAAUCCUCAAGUAUACCAACAACAACAGCAACAACUACAAAAUGUCUCAAGAGAUUCUAUUGAGAUAGCAAAGGCAGUUAUUACUUUGAGAAGUGGAAAAGAAGUUUCCCGACUUGAGAUAUCAAGUGAUAGACAAACAGCUGUCCCAACACCUAAAGUUACGACUAAAACAUAUGAAACCAAGGAAAAAUCAAAUGAAGCUAGCCUAGAAUUGAAGAAGUCAGUCAAUAUGGAGGCCGAGAUGAGUAAGGAGUAUCGACCUGUGGUUCCCUAUCCUCAGAGGUUGACAGCUGGCCAAAAGAACAAAUAUCACACUAAAAUUCAAGAAAUCUUCAAUCAAGUAAAAAUUAAUAUUCUGCUUCUAGAUGCCAUACAACAAGUUCCUUCGUAUGCUAAAUUUUUAAAGGAUUUGUGCACAGUGAAGAGGAAAUUGAAUGUAAAGAAUAAGACUUUCUUGACAAAGCAAGUCAACGCAUUGAUAUUGAGAGAAACUCACCAAAAGUUCAGGGAUCUUGGUUCUCCUACCAUUUCCAUUAUGAUAGGUGAAUGCGGCAUUGGGAGAGCUCUACUUGAUUUGGGGAGUAGUGUAAACUUGCUACCAUUCUCAGUAUAUGGGCAGUUGAGGUUGGUGGACUUUGUAGUUUGGGAUAUGCAACAGCCAGUCUCCACCAUUUACCAGACACUUGUCAUUCUUGGACGUCCAUUCCUUGCUACCUCCAAUGCAUUGAUCAAUUGUCAAAGUGGAGUACUAAAGCUCACAUUCAGGAUUAUGACAUUAGAGAUGAACAUGUUCAAUGCCUGCAAUAUGCCAAGUGGUUGUGAUGACUCAAAGGUACAUACAAUUGAUUUGACAGAUGACUUUGACAUUUUAGAGUUGUUAUCGAUACUUGAUUCUGAUAGUACAUUUGAGAAUGAAUCUUCCGAGCAGCGUAAUAUUUUUUAUAAGACAGUUCGUUUGUCUAGAGAGUUGACAGAAUCAAAGGGGUAG